AUGGCGCAAGGAAAUAAUUACGGACAAAACAGCAAUGGGGUGGCAGAUGAAUCCCCAAACAUGCUGGUGUACAGAAAGAUGGAAGACGUCAUAGCCCGCAUGCAAGAUGAGAAAAAUGGGAUUCCUAUUCGUACAGUCAAAAGUUUUCUUUCCAAGAUCCCCAGUGUCUUUUCUGGUUCAGACAUCGUUCAAUGGUUAACGAAGAACUUAUCUAUAGAAGACCCAGUGGAAGCUCUGCAUUUGGGAACAUUGAUGGCAGCACAUGGCUAUUUCUUUCCAAUCUCAGACCAUGUUCUAACACUUAAAGAUGAUGGCACCUUUUAUCGAUUCCAGACACCCUAUUUUUGGCCAUCAAAUUGUUGGGAGCCGGAAAACACAGACUAUGCUGUUUACCUCUGCAAGCGUACAAUGCAAAACAAAGCAAGGCUAGAGCUCGCAGACUAUGAAGCUGAGAGUUUGGCCAGGCUACAGCGAGCAUUUGCUCGGAAAUGGGAGUUUAUUUUUAUGCAAGCUGAAGCACAAGCAAAAGUCGACAAGAAGAGAGACAAGAUAGAGAGAAAGAUUCUUGACAGCCAGGAGCGGGCAUUCUGGGAUGUGCACCGGCCGGUGCCUGGAUGUGUAAACACUACUGAAGUGGAUAUUAAAAAAUCUUCAAGAAUGAGAAAUCCACAUAAAACAAGAAAGUCUGUUUAUGGCUUACAAAACGACAUUCGAAGUCACAGUCCUACCCACACACCAGUACCAGAGACUAAGCCACCCACAGAAGAUGAACUACACCAAGAGAUCAAGCACUGGCAAAUGCAAUUAGACAGACAUAGAUUAAAAAUGUCAAAAGUUGCAGAGAGUCUAUUAGCUUAUACAGAGCAGUAUUUGGAAUAUGAUCCAUUUCUUGUGCCACCUGAUCCCUCAAAUCCUUGGAUAUCAGAUGACACCACUUUCUGGGAACUGGAGGCAAGCAAAGAGCCAGGACAGCAGAGGGUGAAACGAUGGGGAUUUGGCAUGGAUGAAGCUUUGAAAGACCCCGUGGGAAGAGAGCAGUUUCUCAAAUUCCUGGAGUCAGAAUUCAGUUCAGAAAAUUUAAGAUUCUGGUUAGCAGUAGAAGACCUGAAGAAGAGGCCUAUCCGUGAAGUUCCUGCCCGAGUACAAGAAAUCUGGCAAGAAUUUCUUGCUCCAGGUGCACCCAGCGCUAUCAAUCUAGACUCAAAAAGUUAUGACAAAACCACACAGAAUGUAAAGGACCCUGGAAGAUACACGUUUGAAGAUGCUCAGGAGCACAUUUACAAACUGAUGAAAAGUGAUUCUUAUCCUCGUUUUAUACGAUCCAGUGCCUACCAGGAGCUGCUACAGGCCAAGAAAAAGUUGGAAAACACUCUGGAUCGUCGAACAUCUUUUGAGAAAUUCACACGCAAUGUGGCAUUACAGACUCCGAGGGACUCUCUAGCCUUUCGAUGCCUCCAUUUCGAAAACUGUCUGCUCACUUCCUCCUUCAUAUCAAGCUGGAUCUGUGUCUUUUUAUUUUCUGCAAGCUCAAGUACAGUGAAAAAAAAGCUUCUGCUAGGCACAGUUUAUUAA